AAAAUUGUGUUUUCUUGGCUGUGCACUACUCUAAAUUAAAAUAGGCAAUACUCUCCGAUCCUCGAACAGCAUUUGGAUAGUUCUAUUGGCAUGCGUUGGUCUUGCAUUGCAUGCCCGUCGAAUCAAAACUCGAUCAUCAAGGCCAGCAUGGAUAUUUGAAUUAAAACCGAAACCUACCUAACCCAUCAAGCUAGGCCAGCAUAUAUAUAUAGAAUACCAAUUGCUAAUUCUCCAUUUUCUGUUUUUCUCUCUAUACCCUUUUGGCCAAUUAUUAUUCUCUCACAAAGGAACCAAGACAAGAAGCUAGCAUAGAUAUGGAGGGUUUUUUGCCUCUGGUUUACAAAGCAAUUAAGAAACGCAAGACUCGCAGGCAAUACCAGUGCCUUUCUUCAGGGGACAUGAACGUGGCUGAGUUCUACCCUCCAAGUACUCAUCAUCAUGGCCAUGGCUAUAUUAAUUACAUGCAGGAGCCUUCAACGUCAACGCAAAAAGUGGUUGAUGAUGAUGAUGAUACAGAAAACAUUGGUUAUAUGCGAUAUAAUUCUGUUAGAGAAUUCUCUUCGCCUCAUCAUCAACAAAGAACCUGUGUCGCUCAUGACUCACCCGAUUCGAAGCAACUCGACAGGUUUGGGAGUCAGAAAAUAUUUUCAUGCCUCGCUGGUUAAUUUUACAAGGUGCAUCCUCUGUACGUAUUUCAAUUUUACAAAGAAACUAGUGUGGCAACAAUUCAUCUAAAUUUGUAUGUGGUUGAUGUA